GUACUCAGCCCUCUGUCGCAGUACCGUCUGCGCCUCCGCAGACCACUGUCUCCCCUCCUUCCCCACCUCGACUACCGACGAGUCGAGCCAUUCGCUCAGCCCGUUGCAACGAGCAGAUUGCUACUCGCGAGGACGUUGUGUCCUCUCUUCUGGACUUGAGCAUGCUCCAGGCUCGUCAGGAGCGACUCACCCUCCAUGUCGCUGCACUGCGUCGCCUUCUCGCCAUCCUCUCUGACCCUGAUCGCACCCUCCCCAUCAUCCCAGUACGACUCGGGACCUCCACGAGGGUACUCAGCGAUGUGGGAUUCCGGUUCUCAGGGCGACUUCAUUCACCCACGCGUGGUGAAGGAAACCUGCUUACCCACGACAGGGUCUCCGACUCCCAUCUCCGUUACCCUAGGGGAUGACAAGACCCAGCGCUUCUUCGAUCAGACGGUCACCGACCUCCCCUUCUUCCUCACUCUCGAGCCGACUGAUCGUUCCCCGGCGUCUCGUCACCAUCGCUCCUAUGCACACUUCCAUGUGAUGGAAACGGGGUACGACUUUAUUCUCGGCACUCCGUGGUCUCGUCGGUUCCGCAGCACCGAGGGCGAUUGGGCGACCAACACUCUCGUUCUCAAAACGAAGCGUGGACAGACGUAUCGCCUACCUUUCAUAGGUACCACUGCGACACCACGCCCCGAUCGUCCUCCCCCGGAGCCUUCAGUGCCCACACCAUCCCCCUCUAUCACUGUCACCUCGCCUCGGCAGUUCGCUCACUUCAUUCGACAGGAAGACGUCACCUUCUUUAUGGUGGAYGUGACGGAUCUCUUACACUAUGAUCCACCCUGUCCCGACGCCGAGCUCAUCCCUCUGGAGCCAGAUCCUCCCUCUAUCUCCAUGUCUCCCAUCUCUACUUCCGUCCCUCCGUCGUCCGUCGAGUCCACCCCGCCGUCGCGCGCUGACGCUGACCCUGAGGAACUCGCACGAUAUACGGCUGACCUGGAGCCCGCAGUUCAUGACCUCAUCCGCGAGUACCAUGACGUUUUUCCAUCGUCGUUCUCGUAUGCCGGCAUCCUACCGAUGCGUGAUGUCGAGCACUCCAUUCAGCUUGUGCCUGACUAUCGUGUUCACCACCAGGCACCCUACAGACUCUCGAUCCCCGAGGCCACCGAACUCAAGCGUCAGCUUGAGGAGCUCCUGAGACUGGGUUUCAUUAAACCCAUCAACUUCCCGUGGGGUGCACCCGUCCUCUUUGCUCGCAAAGCGGAUGAAACUCUUCGUCUCUGCAUCGACUACCCCGAUCUCAACCGCAACACGGUUAAGAACAACUACCCCAUGCCUCGUUCCGAUGAGCUGUUCGACCGCCUAGCAGGCAACCGCUUCUUUACGAAGAUUGAUCUUCGUAGCGGUUACCAUCAGAUCCGCGUCGCUGAGCUGUUCGACCGCCUAGCAGGCAACCGCUUCUUUACGAAGAUUGAUCUUCGUAGCGUGAUGCCAUUCGCCCUCACCAACGCACCCGCCACCUUCCAGAGGGCGAUGAACGACAUCUUCAGGGACAUCCUGGAGCAAUACGUUCUCGUUUACCUCGACGAUAUCCUGGUCUACAGUCGUACCCUUGAGGAGCACCUCAGACACCUUCGCGGCGUCCUUGACCGCUUGCGCAGACGUGGCUUCUACGCCAAGCUCAGCAAGUGCCGCUUUGCCCAGCACAAAGUAGACUUCUUAGGACAUUACGUGUCUGACCAGGGUCUCCACAUGGACGACGCGAAGAUCACUGCUAUUGCGGAGUGGCCUGCUCCCACAUCCGUCAAGCAGCUUCGCCGCUUCCUAGGCCUGACCAGCUACUAUAGUAACUUCAUCCGGGGAUACGCUAGGUAUUCCUACGUCCUUACCUCCACCCUCCUCUGGAAGAAUCCACCCUGGGCUUGGACACCCCUCCACGAGGACGCCUUCCGCGCCCUCAAGAAGGCGGUGACAUGCGCACCGGUUCUUCACCUACCCGAUUUUGAUAGCCCUUUUAUCCUUACCACCGAUGCGUCAGACUUCGCUGUAGGAGCAGUGCUUUCUCAGGUCUUCCCCUCCUCUCGUGAUUCCUCUCAUCCUCGUAUCCCUCGCUUCCCACCACCUACCCCUACCACUGCUUCCCGACAGACGCCUACACGUCCAGCUACUGACGAGCCCUCUAUUGACUAUUCCCCUACCAUCGCCGAGGACGGCACUGUCGAGUCUCGCUCAGGUGAUUGUCCGAUAGCCUUCUACUCCCGUCAGCUCCUGCCCGCCGAGAUAAACUACACAACUGAUGAACGUGAGCUACGUGUCCGAGCAGUAGCAGAGUUCCAUGACCAGGCAGCCGUCGGUCAUAUGGGCUUCCACAAGACGUUGGCUCGUGUGAACCGCCUGUACGUCUGGCCGAAGGGCAAGGACUUUGUGAAGGACUACGUCGCAGAGUGUCCCACCUGUCAGGAGGUGAACAGUGCAAACCACUUGCCUUAUGAUUUGCUCCAGCCUCUUCCUAUCCCUGAGGGUCGUUGGCAGUCCAUCUCGAUGGACUUUAUCGGUCCCCUUCGUCCUCCGACCCCUCGCGGUCAUGAUGCUAUCCUGGUCAUCGUCGACCGCUUCACGAAGCGUGCACGCUUUGUUCCGUGCCGCUAUGCUAUCAGUGCACAUGAGGUCGCCGACAUCGUAUUUGACCGAGUCGUGCGUGACCACGGCUUACCUCUGAGAAUCAUAUCUGACCGUGACCCGCGCUUUACCAGCCGAUUCUGGCGACGGCUCCACGAGGUGUACGACACUCAGCUCCGCUUCUCCUCGUCUUACCAUCCUCAGACUAAUGGUCAGACCGAGAUCACGAACAGGACUCUCGGAGAUAUUCUCCGAAAGAUUGUUGUUGACGACCAACAGUGGGAUCUUCAUCUUGCCCACGCGAAGAUAGCCUACAACCACGCCGUCUCGCCAGCUACGGGGAUGUCGCCUUACUAUUGCGACCUCGGCUAUCACCCGCGUGUUCCCGCGGACUUCCUUCGACCGUCCCAGAUGCACCCUGACACGAGUUGUCCCGCGCUGGAUGAUUGGGUUGCACACAUGACGUCGAUUAUGAAGACCGCACAUGAGCACAUAGCCGCUUCCCAGACUCGUAUGGCAGCACGUGCGAACCGAUCGAGGAUGGAUCACCCAUUCAAGGUCGGUGAUGAUGUGCUUAUCGACGCCCGCCACUUACAGCUCGAAGCGGACACGCUUUGCAAGUUUCGACGUCACUUCUUUGGCCCAUGCCGCAUCCUCCAGGCCGUCGGUUCUGAUACGACAUCUAGCCCAGUCAGCUUUCGUGUGAAGCUGCCCGACUACCUACGCUUGACUCGUGUGCAUGAUGUGUACCACGUCUCGUUACUGCGUCCUUAUCGCAGACAGUCUGAGCGUUUCGCUGGACGACCAUACGAGCGCCCUCCACCCCUCAUGGUGGACGGCCACGAGAAGUUCCUCGUUUCAGACAUCAUUGUUCACCGAGUCACCGACGACAACCCUCCCCACGUCAAGUAUCUUGUACGUUGGAAGGGUUACCCUGAUGAGGAGGCUACCUGGGAGCCCCUCGAGCACUUGCAGCACGCUCGCAUGUUGGUGCGUGCCUAUGACCAUGCUCAUCGUGCUGGUUCUCUGCUCCUCCUCAGCCCACUGACCCUUCUCCUUCUCCUCCGACUAAGGAGACCGCUCAAGUCGAGCCUUCUCCAUCUGAGGCAAACCUUCAGCAGCAGCCGGAUGCUUCUGAGCGUCCACAGCGCACUCGUCGUCGUCCUGCUCGAUACGACGAUUGACUCUGACUUACCUUCCCACGUCUUUGACUUCUCAGUACUCCAUCCACAUCAGUUUUGCUACUUCAGCUCAUCGACGCUGCGGCUCUUCCUCGACGACAUUCCGGACUUCUCAUCGUGGACGUCAUCGGCAGCUCCAUGGACUUCAUCACUAUCAGCCCUGCCUACUUCAGACGUUGCCACUCUCUUACCACUCUACCCUAUACAGUACCCUCUUGUAUCGCAUAAUGGUCUCCCUUUAGCCGGGUUCCUCUGAGUUGGGCUCUCCCUUGGUAUACGCAUAGGCAUCGGGACCGUAGCGUUGCCCUGGCUU